GCGUCCGGGACUAAAAACUCACCCUCGAAGUUUCAGAAUCCAGGCCGAAACUCAUCGGGAAGAAAAGGCUAAUUAGACGUACGAGCACAAAGAAGCCGCCCAACGUGGCGCGGAACUUUGCACAUUUAACUCCGAAGAAUAGUGACCAAAUUGUAUGUUCGGAGUUCCGAGAGACAGGGACGGAAUCGAGAGGGCGAGCAAGGGUAGAAGCAAAAGGAAAAGACGCAAGGAGGUGCUCGACGGAGGUCGUCGGUACCCGACAUGUACGUGUACACGAUACUCUGCGAUAAUGCAUAAUGAAACCCCGUAUGAAAUAAGCACCCCUGUGAGACCGAAUUCGAACGACCCGGCCGAGGGGAAUUCGAGCGCAAUCGUAGGGAAGCAGUAGCCUCGUAGCGAUCCUAAAAACUAGCCCAAAGUGUCUGCAGCGUGCUCGCAUCGUUUAUUAACUAAGCGACAAUAACCAGGCGACUUUUGUAAACCCUCGCGUGGACAUCGGCCUUUGUAACGAAAGAUUGUAACCCGUAAGGCGAUUAAUCUAAGCGCGUAUGUAAGCACUCCCUGCAAUCCUGAAGAGUUCGGGCAGAUCGUGGCUGAACUAUGCAGAAACUACGUGCACGGAGAAAUUAUUGAUAAAUUCAUCGACGGCUCGAAGAUCGAUCGACGGCAUCGAGAGCAUGCUCCGGGUGCUUUGACAUCGAAUCUCUCGCCUCGACUUCGAGUGACCCUUCUUCUUCGACUUCGAAGAUCAUUCUUCCCCGUGUGAUGACAAUAAGUUCGAGGAACUAAAGGCCGGCUGAAGAGGCGGUGCAGGUUAAAGUGGACUCUGAUGUUAGGACCCCGAUGACAGUUUGACCAUCUGGAAUGGCACUGGCAACUCUGACAGCGAUUGCCGUGAGACUCGUGCUCAGCGUAUACCUUUUGGCUUUCGUCGUUUUCGUUAACGCCAGCGGAAACUGGGACAGAGAUGACGAUCCAGUCUCCACGUUCGAAGUGAGCGCUGUUCUGGGCCGCACCGCAUCCUUGCCUUGUGACAUCGAACCGUCCACGCGGGAAGAUCGCGUCUACAUGGUGCUAUGGUUUCGCGAUUACUCGGUCAAGCCGAUUUUCAGUUUCGACGUACGAGGGAGACCUUUUAGCAAAGCUCUGAAUCAGUCCGACAGCGAUGUGGUUGGUCCCAGAGCUUACUUCGUAACAGUUACGAAGCCAGCAACACUCUCCCUUCACUCUGUUCAACUUGAGGAUGAAGGCAUAUACAGGUGUCGCGUAGACUUCACGAAGUCUCCGACAAGAAACUUCCAAGUAAACCUCACGGUGAUCGUUCCUCCUCACCAACUGCUGAUCUACGCUGGCUCCGGCAUAGAGAUAGACAACGUCGUGGGUCCUGUCGAAGUCGGCAUCGAGUUCGUUCUGUCCUGCGAAGUAAGAGGAGGAAAGCCGACCCCGGUGGUGACCUGGUUCGUUAACGGGAAAGAAACCGACGGGAUCUCCAAGAUCGAACAGAAUAUCGUUGUUAACAAGCUGACCGUGCCUCAGCUGAGAAGAGAGCACCUUAAUACAACGUACAAAUGUCGAGCUACCAACACGAAUCUGAUAGCACCCCUAGAAAAGACUGUCAUCCUGGACGUUCAUUUAAAACCAUUGACUGUAAAGAUUCUGUUGAAACCGGCCGUUUUGGUUGCCAACAAGGAAUACUCUCUUACUUGCGAAGCAAUGGGAUCGCAUCCACGUGCUCGCAUCUACUGGCUGGAGGGUAACACGCUGUUCCGAAAUGGGAAUGUGCAGGUGAAAGAAGGUGGGAACUACUCGACGGUAUUGAGUACAUUGAUAUUUUCACCUUACGCGGAGGAUAAUUCAAAGAUUCUAAAAUGUCGCGGCGAAAAUCUAGCACUGUCGAAUGCUUUCCUUGAGGAUCUUUAUCAGCUGAAUGUAGUCUUUCCUCCGAAGGUGCAGCUACACUUGGGAAGUACAUUGAAUGCUGAGAACAUAAAGGAAAGCGAUGACGUCUAUUUCGAAUGUAAAGUUCGAGCAAAUCCAGAGCACCAUAAAAUCACGUGGAAACACAACGGUGCUUUGUUGACGCAAAAUAACUCUGCGGGAAUCAUAAUGAGUACUCAGAGUCUUGUGCUGCAGAAAAUAGGCCGCGAGAAUGCUGGAAAUUAUACGUGUCUCGCGAGUAACGACCGUGGGGAAACUACGAGUCCUGUAGUAUCGCUUCGUGUUCAAUUCGCCCCAGUUUGCAAGACCAGGGAAGUGACGAUUAUCGGCGCCUCUCUGGAAGAGUCGGUCAAGGUACGAUGCGAAGUCGACGCUGAUCCCAGUGAAGUAGAUUUCAUCUGGGAGUUCAACAAUAGCGGUGAAAAUUUUGAAGUGGCACCAGCUAAAUUCGACGGAAACAACGGGACAAUGAGUGAGCUCGUUUAUACCCCUGUCUCUGAUAGGGAUUAUGGCGCCCUUACGUGUUGGGGUAGAAACGUUAUCGGGAAACAGGAAACGCCGUGUGUCUACCGUGUCAUUCCUGCAGUGAAGCCAAGUCCGCUUAACAAUUGUACAAUAAAAGCUUCCUUGAACCAAAGUUCGGAAAUCUUGGAAGUCGAAUGCGUGCCAGGAUAUGACGGCGGGCUGCGACAAGAGUUCCGGUUAGAAGCUUACGAAGUAGUAACUGGAAAUCUGCGAAUAAACGCAUCGAGCAUAUCUGCCGAAGUGCCGAUCUUCCGAAUAGCCGUGGCUGAUUUACUACCUGCCACGCAUUUUUAUUUGGUCACUUAUGCAGUGAAUGCCAAGGGUAGAAGCGAAGUCUCCUUGCUGGAGAAUAUCAUGUUAAGGGAUUCGGAAAAACAGACCGAAACCGGAGUUAGUAUGGUGCCACUAAUUCUGCUUUUAAUGGGCUGUUUAAUGGCCCUCGGAAUAACGGUGCUUUCCGUAAUGUUACUGAUGUAUCGACGUCGCGGGACCACCUCGCCCGUCCACAUUGAACCGUACAUGAAACAACCUAUAAUAACGCCACCAGACUCAAGAAACAAUUCCAUGCUUGACGUAACGCACGGAGAUCACACAUACUUUGUGGAAUAUACAUUAAAGCAAGUCACUGAUUAUGCCUUGAAUAAUCAGCCAGACAUCAUACAGUCUCCUCAAGAUCAAGAUAAAAUAAAACGCGAGCCGCAACUGUUUCUACCCGUAAGGCCCGACACAUUGUUCGCCCCUUACGAUAUUCAUAAACAGGGACUUCAAUCGAAUAGAUGUAGCUUAAAUCCAUUUUCUGCGAAAUCAUGGGAACCCAUUAGUUUUAAAGCAGAUCGUAAUUUGAUGAAGGAAAUCAUCAUCGCAAACUCUAUACCCGGGCCUGAGAGUUGUGUGUAAAAAGUGCAGGCAGAGAUCAUCUGCGAUGAACGACAUGGACAUAUCAGGGCGGCUGAAUUUAGUGUUUUGACGUACAUGGAGGAUCAUCAACCGAUCAAGCCGCUAAAAGCAACGACAGGAGCACUCUGACCAAUAUCGACG